CCGGCCGGAGAAGUUAGGUUUGGUGUGACUCGUCCGCAGCAGCAGCGCAGUCUGUAGCUUUCCCCAGCUUUAACAGUGCUGGUGGGGGGGACUUGCUGCGUGCCGUUCUGGGCUCUCCAACUCCAGAAAGAUGUCAACAAAGUGGAAGGUAUUGGACGGGACCAGCGCAGAAACGAUUUACUGAAAAAAAUCUUUGUAGUCGUAAAAUUCUUUCGUGGGCGAGAGAGAAAAAGCGUAAGGACUUGGCGUAAUCUACGUAUUGAGGACUGUCUGACUAUCGCGAUGGCUCAGGCAAGUCUCCUGGCCUGCGAGGGUCUCUCCGGGGUUUGCCUUGUGCCAACUGUUGCCAGCAAGAAGAUGAUGCCGAAGCAAAGCUCCAAGCAGGUGGAGAACGGAGAGAGAGGGGGUGCCCCAAAUAUGUUGGGUCACCGCAAAGAGAGUGAGAAAUCUCGCAGCCGGAAGGAAGAAGAAACAACCGAAGGGUCCCAACCUAAAAAAUCCCUUAAAAAGAUGGUGGUGAUCGAACAGAAUGGAUCCUUCCAGCUCCGGAUCCCCAAGAACUUUAUUUGCGAGCACUGCCUGGGCGCCUUCCGGAGCAGCUACCAUCUCAAGAGGCACAUCCUCAUUCACACAGGUGAGAAGCCGUUCGAGUGUGAUGUUUGCGACAUGCGCUUCAUUCAGAAAUACCACCUGGAGCGCCACAAACGUGUGCAUAGCGGGGAGAAGCCAUACCAGUGCGAACGCUGCCUGCAGAGCUUCUCCAGGACAGACCGGCUGCUGAGACACAAACGAAUGUGCCAAGGUUGCCCAAGCAAGUCGUCCGACUCGCAGCUGCUGCUUUAGGUUAAGGGCCCAGAGAGAUGAGUUUAGAGGAAGCGGGAAAGCCAACGGAAU